GCCGCACCAAUGCUCUUCCCGAUGUAUACCAUCCCGUGCGAGCUUUUGCUUCAGAUGACCACGAUCCAACCACAUGAGCAGCUCAAGGCCAAGGGGGACGUCAUCAUCUUCGACCCCAAAAUGGGUAAAGCCGCCUUCGUGUCGCACCAGUGGACUGCUGAAGACCACCCGGAUCCGGAACUCAAGCAGUUGCAGGUCAUGAAGGAUGCGUUCAGGCACCUCCUGCACGACACGGGCAUCAUACCUUUGGAUCCAGUGACGGAAGCCUACGUUCCUACUGCGAAGCACCUGUCCAUGCAAGAGUUCAAGUCUCGGCCACUGUUCAUCUGGUAUGACUACUUCUCUUGUCCACAGCUGGAGCAUCGGGAAAACAGGAGUGCUGAAGGUACUGAUCUUGCCAAGGCGAUUAGCAGCAUUCCGGCCUACAUUGCCCAAUGUUCGUUUGUCUUCGGUCUUUGCCCUGUCUUAACCUGCCAAAACGAGAGUGGGUUGCUGUCACAAGCGACCUGGAGUCGGCGUGGCUGGUGCCGCCUUGAGCGAGCUCUGCGAGAGUUUUCCCUGGAUGAUAAAUGGGUGAUGGUCAAAAGCGCAAGGUCCAUGGAGUUUGUCGGGUCGGCUCUGCAAUUUGUGAGCGGCUCCGUAGGUGAAGGAGAGUUCACGAAGGAGGAGGACCGAAAAAAGCUGGCUUCUGUCCUGCGCCAGGCAGUGCUCAGGAAGAUGAUGUUCUGCUUGAAAGCUCAAGACCUUCCCGGGUACCGUCGGCAUCUGAAUCUUCAGAGCACCUACUUCCGAGGCCUGAGAAUUGAACCCGUGCGCGAUAUUGUUCCCGGCUAUGAGGCCGCGAAAGAGACCGAUUCUGUGGCCGAGUUCUUCUAUCAAAACGGCUUUGUAAGUGUCCGUGACAUAGACAAAGCGGGCUGGUCCCCCCUGCACUAUGCGGCCAUGAAUGGAGAUCCAGCGUUGAUUGACGGAUUGUUGCGGCAGCAUGCGGAUCCGAACAAGCGCACAGCCCGGGAGCAGCCGAAAUUGGGAUGUCCACCAUGGAUGUCUGCUCUCGACCUCACCAUGCAGUUCAAGCAAAACGAUGCAGCACGCUUGCUCAUUGCUGCCCGUGCGAAGCUUGAUGGACCGAUCUGUGGACCCCAGAAUUAUGCGGGCGUCUCAGACAACGCCGAAGGUAUGCGUCUCCUCUGUGCAGCCGGCAUGGACCCCCAUGCACUCGACUUUCUCAACGCCCCGGCUAUCCAAGCUUGCUCUGCUUAUGGAUCCAUUGCUGCCAUGGGGGAAGUCGUGAUGCACUCACCUCAUGAUACUGUUCGCGUCUCCAGGGCGCUGGUGAUUGCAAUGGCCGGGGGCGGUGGCACGGCCGAGAUGGUGGUCCGACUUCUUGAGCUCCGGGCGGACGUGAACCAUCAGUACCAAGGUCCCAAUCUCGGAUCUCCCCAAGGGCUGCUUGCUGCAGCAAAGUCCUUGCAGUAUCGAUGUGGCAGUACCACGGCUUUGUCCUCCCUAUUCUAUCACCUUCCUGGGAUGACGCCACUUAUGGCAGCCUUGCUGACGGCUCAGUACGAGGCUGCUGCCGCAUUGAUUGAUUCUGGAGCCCGGCUCGACCUCAAAAACUGUCGGAAUUGGACAGCGGCAGACUUUGCAAAAGGCCAAUCCCUGCCAGACUUUCUGGUCUUGGGCUUGGAGGGAGACCCGCUGGAAUGUCGAAGGGUCACGUCGCUCGCUCUGGCAGCAGUAUACCUCGAGAUAUAG